AUGGAAUACGACUAUAUCGGUGCUAUCAAAAUAAAAGAUGGGUUAUUUUUAGGAGAUUAAUUUGCUUCUUAGGUAGAUAGUUGAAUCAGCCUUUUAGGACUUAGAAUUUAUUGUAACUAAUAAGGUUUCCAGAAUUAUUAAUUGUGCUUGUAAAUAAAUUCCAAAUCAUUGGGAAUCAAUUGGAAUAGUAUAUAUGUCAUUACCAUGGAUUGAUAACGAUACUCAAGUAACAUUUUAUAUAAUGAGGUAAUAUUCUAACAAGAGGAACUUAUUAAUUAAGUAAUUAAAUUUCUUGAUGAUGCAUUGAAUAAUGGAGAAAGUGUUAUUGUACAUUCAAUAAGAGGACAUAAUAGAUCAAUUGCUGUUCUUUGUGUUUAUUUUAUGAAAAAAUAUAGAUGGACAUUAUAUAAAACUUUAUAAUUUAUGCAUAGUAGAAGACCAGAUUUGGAGAUCAGAGCUAAUUUUUUUAAUUAACUUUUGGCAAUAGAAAGUAAAUUCUAAAAGAAUGGAUGUGGUGCAAAAACUUAUAAUUGGGAAGAAGUCUAUUCUUAAGGAGACCCAGAAGAAAUGGUAUUAAGAAAUACAUAUUUAAAUGCUUAACCUUAAGGAGUAGCUGAAUUUAAAGAUCAUGAUUAAAAACCUAAAACUUAAAAGUAAAUUAAUAUUAAAUUAAAACUUAGAUUACGUUUUGCUGAAAAAAUUACUAUGUAUAUACCUCCUUAUGAAAAAAUAAUAUUCAAUAAAAAGAAAUAAACCUAAUCUAUUGAAACUAAAUCUUGUCUUACUGGAAAGACACUUUAAUAUGAAUAAUAAAUUUAAUAAUCUCCUGGUCCUUAAACUAAUUUAAUGUCAUAGACUUAACCUUUAUAACCAAUCCAACCAGUUCAUCAAAGACCUUCAUCUUAAGAUGUUAAAAGAGUUGUUGCUAAGAGUGAUAGUUCAAAAAUAUCAUAAUUACCUGAAGCUACUUGUAAGUAUUAAGUUAAUUUUAGAAUCAUUAAAGCCUAAGAAAUAACCAAAUACUUAUAUGGAUUCAGGAGAAUAGUUUUUUUUGAAAUAGUAAUAAAAAAUCAAUUAGGAUUCAACUUAAGGAGUUGUAUAAAAUGAUCGUAGGCCGCAAACAGCACCUAAUUAAUUAAGAGCACCUAGAUUAUAAGUUACUCCAUAUAAGAAAAAUACUACUGGAAGCUAAAGAUAAGAUCUAACUAUUUAACCAAAUACAUAAUUUAAACCUAUAGGUAAUAGGCAAAGAGCUCAUUCCCCAAAUGCAGUAUAUAAUGCAAAUCCAUAUGUAUAAAAAUAAUUUAAAACUAAACCUUGGAAAAAAUGA